CGGUAGACGAUGCAUGAUCCGUAGCAGAUAUGUGAUUUACGGUUUUAAUCAACACUCAGCCGUUACAGCGUGAAUAUAAGCGGAUAGGGUGAUUUUCUGACAUGCAGCUAGCUUGUCGUAGCGACUGUCAGAUAAGCUUUUAUCAUGUGAGCUAACGUUAGCCUGCCGCUAGACGAAGGUUUGCUCCCAACGAUGCUAACGACUCCCGUUUCGCGUGAUGGCAAGAUUAGCAACGCUACCUUAACCAAACAGUAGUGAGCGUCUCAUACCGCCGCCUGUGAUCUAAAACAACAUACAGGAUGCCUAAUGCCAGCGCACGGCCAAAGCAUGGCAGGAGGGCUCGAAGGCGACGCAGAGAGGACCCUGCCAGGAACGAGCUGGUCUCCAGUUCCCUAGAAAGUGCCCAGCAGUGCCUGUUCAGCCAAGAUUAUGGGACUGCGUUUGUGCACUACCUUCUUGUCCUCAACCUCGCGCCUGUGUUUAAGGACUUUGCAAGGGAGUCCUUCAGGUUCACUCUCUUCAAAUGGACAGAGGAGCUGGACUCUGUGGGCCGCAUUCAGGACCUCUUCGACUGUUAUGAACAAGCGCUGGAACUGUUUCCUGCUGAUGAGGUUAUCCUGAACAGCAUGGGUGAACACCUGUUCAGAAUGGGCUUUAGAGAUGAAGCUGCAGGUCAUUUCCACAAAGCGUUGAAGCUGAGACCAGACUAUCCAGAAGCCAGGGAGAACUUCUACCGUGUGGCCAACUGGCUGGUGGAGCGCUGGCAUUUCUUAAUGCUCAACGACCAUGGGAGGAACCGGAAGUACCAGCAAGCCAUUCAGAAGGCUGUUCAGAGCGGCUGCAGCACUGUACUUGACAUAGGUACUGGCACUGGGAUCCUUGGUAUGUGUGCUAAGAAGGCAGGGGCCGCUGAGGUGUAUGCCUGUGAACUGUCGAAGACCAUGUAUGAAUUGGCCUGUGAGGUGGUGACCGCUAACGGAAUGGAUGGUAGCAUCAGGAUCCUCCAUAUGAAAUCUCUGGAGAUGGAAGUGCCGAAGGACAUCCCACACAGGGUUUCCUUGGUGGUGACAGAGACGGUGGAUGCAGGAUUGUUUGGAGAGGGCAUCAUAGAGAGUCUCAUUCAUGCCUGGCACCACCUGCUGCUACCUCCACAGAGAGGCGAGAAUGAAUUCCAGGAGCAGUCUGCGACAGGACGAGUCAUCCCCGCCGGAGCCACAGUGUUUGGUAUGGCUGUCGAGUGCCUCGAGAUCCGCAGGCAUCACCGGCUUUGCGUGUCAGAGGUGGGCAGCCUGUCCAUGGCUGCAGCCGGGGAGCUCCGCAGCCCGGUGAGCUGCAGCCCUGAGCCGGAUGAAUCCAUGGAGCCGUACACCACAGAGAGGCUGAGCAGACUGCCGGGGGGGUAUAAACCCCUCACGGAGCCAUUCACAGCCCUCAACAUAGAUUUCAACAACGUGCAGGAACUGGAGGGGCUGAGCUCCAGGGAGGCUCAGAGGAUCUACCUGCCGGUCACUCAGGAGGGGGAGCUGGACGCCCUGGCUGUGUGGUUCCAGCUCCACCUGGAUGAGGAGAGCAGUCUGUCCACUGGGCCGCAGGAGGACACCUGCUGGGAGCAAGCCAUCUACCCUGUCCACAGCACCAAGGGUUUUCUCCUGAAACCUCAAGACGAGCUGAUUGUUGAAGUCUCCUGCAGAGAUGCCUACCUGAGGCUCUGCAGUGUCGCUGUGCUGAGAGGUGGCCAUGAAAUCCACCUAGACAAGCGGUUGGAUCCGCAGCACCCCGGAAACCCCAUGUCAAAUCCAAACCCAGAGGCAGAACUGUGCAGUGCGCUGGCGUGUCUUCAGACUGACCAGCAUCAGACUAAAGACUUCAGCAUGCUGGAAUGCUCAGAGAUGGCGCUCCUGAACAACCAUGAUUACCAUCAGAACUUUUGCAGCGCGCUGGCCAAGCUCAUCUCCCAGCUGAAGGUCAAAUGGCAAAACCAGGAGCGAGGAUCAGGUGUUCAGUCAGACUCGGCAGACUGUAGCGACCUGCUCUAUGUCCUCGACGUGUCAGAGGGCUUCUCUCUGCUCUCCCUCAUCGCCGCCAGCCACGGUCAUGUAAAAGCGUACAGCUCUGUGGAAAAGCACAAGCAACAGGAAGUCCUAAAGAGGCUGGCUCGCUCCAGUAACAUCCCAGAACAGCAUCUGGAGUUCUGGCUCAACCACGUGGAGGAUGAGCAGGGGAUGCUGCAAAGGCCGUCCAGAGAGAAGCUGUGGAGUGCCAUCAUUCUGGACUGUGUGGAGACUUGUGGUCUCAUUAGACAGAAGUUGAUGGAGAAGGCUUCUCUUGCCAGGUGUCUGCUGGAGGAAGGAGGACGCAUUUUCCCAGAAAAGAUUGUGGUGCACGGUGUGCUGGUGGAGUCCGACACGCUGCUGCUGGAGAGUGCUGUUCAGGGUCAGGAGCCAACACUGGGAUUCAAUAUCGCUCCCUUCAUCAACCAGUUCACCGUACCGGUCCAUGUGUUUCUGGACUUUUCCACACUGGAGUGCAAACACCUCAGUGAGUCGGUGGAGCUCUUUGUUCUUGACCUAAUGAAUGCCAACGCAAACUACAUUGACAGACAAGUAAAGGUCCAGGCUACGUCUGCAGGCAGAAUAACCGCAAUUCCCUUCUGGUACCACAUCUAUCUGGACCAGGAGAUCAGUGUCAGCACCCUCAGCCCGAACUCUCACUGGAAGCAGGCAGCCGUUGUGCUGCAGCAGCCCCUGGAGGUACGAGCUGGAGACUGGGUCCGCCUCACUGUGAAGCUUCACAAAAGCACCAUCUCCAUAUCAGCCCUUUUAGAGAAUGCCGCCGGGCAAAUGGAGCAAUAAUCGCCAACACUGUAGUUUUUCAGUUACUCGCUAUGUAUGUUGUGCUUCUAUCAAAGAAGCUGUGGCCACAAAGGGAAAUGCAUUAAAUACAGUGCAUUCCACCCCUCUCUGGUAUCAUUUAAAGGUUUACCUUCCUCAGUGUCAUUUUUCAUAAAUACCAAGUUUUUCCAGACACAUUGGAUCUCUGCUGUGAGAUUCAGAAGAAGACUGUGUGAACCAAACCCGGUAGUACCAGUAGGACGCCGGGUAGUCAUGAUCAGAAAGACUUACCCUUCAAGUUACGUUUUUAUUUCUAAAUUGUGCUAUAAGAUCAUAGGACAGUUAAAGUUUGUACUUAAAAUGUUUGUAUGAUAUAAAUAUUAUAGUUGUCCCUUGAUUAUGGGCGCAGAUGUUUUUGUAAAGAUGUUUGUCGGUAUCAAUAAAAACAUUGCAACAAUAA